GCUGUGCUGUGCUGUGCUGUGCUGUGCUGUGCUGUGAUAGCUGUUUUGUUUCGUCUUUUGGACAGAACAAAAACACUGCUCUGCCACUGAUCUCGCCCACGUGCGUUCGCCAUCUCGGUCGGAGUCAGGGCUAUCUUACCUACUUCGUACUCCCUACUAUAGCCUCCCGCCCGCCCGACCGACACGAACCACUCAGCCAACCGCGCACGGGAGCCUCUCGAGUCUUCAGCAGCGCCAGGGCCGACUUCUUGGCCCAAGCUUAUCCACCCAUUGUUCAGCGCGAGCGCUUCUCUCCCCCUCGACCUCAAGAUAUCGCCAUGGAGCCACCCCUCGCCCCGAUAUCCCUCAUGCUGCCAUCCAAGUAUGCGUCGGGCGCAGCCAGCGACACGGAUGGCUCCACGCCGUCUGAGCCAUCCGUCGAGUGGCUCACCGGCACGUGGACCGUCACGCACUCGACGCUAUCCAUGUGGCGCUCCGCGCGCAACGUCCGCAUCAGCUACAGGCCCAUGCCGCCCAAGGCCGACGGCCGCCCGCGCGUCGACGACCUCGUCGAGUACGAGCCCACGGAUAAGCAAGCCGUGCGUAAGACGGUCCAGGGCGUCGAUACGCAGGCGGACGCCGCCCGCGGAUGGGACUGGCGCGGCAAGGGCUGGCUGUUCUUCGUCGGCAGUCACUGGGAGGUGCUCGGCUGGGGCGAAGAGACCGCCGCCGAUGGCGCACGCGAGCGCUGGGCCGUGACGUGGUUCGCGCCAACGCUCUUCACCAAGGAGGGCGUGGACGUCUACUGCGACAGGAGGGAAGGGUUGAGCGAGGCGACCUAUAAGAGGGUGGAGGAGGCGCUGACGAAACUGGGCGCGGCCCCCGUUGUGGCCAUGGUAGAGAAGGACAUGCGGCCCGUGGAGAUAAAGCUGCCUUGGACGGAAAAGUGAUACCCUUACGACGCGGCUGAUAUGGGGGGGAACACCAAGGUAUUUGGGUCAUUACAGCAAAGUGCGGAUCAAUUCAUUGGCGCGUACUUUACGCCUUGGG